AUGCUACGGGAUAAGUUUGAUUUGACCAAAAGUGUUAUGAGAAACUACGAAGACAGGGUUUUUGUAAACAAGUGCAUUUUUGGCAUUUCAAAAUCUUUUGAUUUUGACAUUGAUGUGCGUGUAAUAACUUCAGUUAAUUGGCCAAUCGAUCGAGAACUUAAACAUGAAAUACCAUCGUUUGGAUUGUGUGCGUUUAAUGCAUUCAAAACACUCUACAAUGAAAAUAAGCAGGAUAACGCAAAAAAGAAAUUAAUGCUAUUACCUCAGUUUGGUACAGUUGAAUUGGAAGCACAUUUUUUUGGCAAGCCUAGUUGGGAUAUACCAUUUGAUAAUGAAUUACCAAUAAACCACAUUAAUCGGGUAUAUCGAGAGCUCAAACUUGAAGUAACAACUUAUCAGAUGUGUGUGCUUGACUUCGUCAAUACUAAUAUUACAAUAACUUUUGAAGAUUUACUAAAUAUAACUAAGAUUUGGCACAACAGAUAA